CACCUUCUCUAUCCUCUUACAUCCUCUCUCUCUCUCUCUCUCUCAUAUAUAUCCCACCAAUUGCAAAUUCAAGAUCAAAGAGUUGUUCUCUUCAAUAUCAUCGUCAUCAUCAUCAACCUUGUUUCGAUCAAUCAUCCAUCCCUCCAUCCAUCAAGAAAGAUAUGGAGCAAGGUGACGGUAGUAGAGUUGGAAACGUGGACGUCCAAAGUGAGGAAGAAAACAACAACAUGGACCUCAGAAGAGGGCCAUGGACGGUUGAAGAAGACUUCACCCUCAUCAACUACAUAGCUCAUCAUGGCGAAGGCCGAUGGAAUUCUCUCGCUCGCUCUGCAGGUCUGAAAAGAACUGGGAAGAGCUGCAGAUUGAGAUGGCUCAACUAUUUGCGCCCCGAUGUUCGACGUGGGAAUAUCACUCUCGAAGAACAGCUUUUGAUUCUUGAACUUCAUUCUCGAUGGGGCAAUAGGUGGUCGAAAAUUGCUCAGCAUUUGCCUGGUAGAACCGACAAUGAGAUCAAGAAUUACUGGAGGACACGGGUCCAAAAGCAUGCUAAGCAGCUCAAAUGUGACGUCAACAGCAAGCAAUUUAAGGACACCAUGCGUUACCUCUGGAUGCCAAGAUUAGUUGAGAGAAUCCAAGCUGCCGCCGCUGCCUCCUCCACCACCGCCACUACUACUUACCACAUCAACAACCAAAACAGUAGUAAUCUUAACAUGGGUCAGAACCAGAUUUUGCUGCCACACCCGAAUAAUAUCGGCGGAGUUCAUACCUAUACGCCGGAAAAUUCCAGCGCCGCCGCAUCCUCGGAAUCCUUUGGGACGCCGGUUUCUGAGCUGACGGAGUGUUACAAUAACUAUCCAGCAGUUCAUAAUAGUAAUAAUCAGGGAAACAAUCAAGAUUAUUAUCCAGCGAAUCAGCUUUCUUAUGGCGAUCAAUCUCUGACCAGCCCCACCGCAGGUUAUAAUUUUAACCAAGGGUUGGAUUUUAUGGAGCAAAACAGUGAAUGGAUGGAGGGCGGAGAUGGAUCAGACAACUUGUGGAAUGUUGAUGACAUGUGGUUCUUACAACAGCAAUUCAACAUCAGCAACGUUUAAAACAUGGAA